GCGGUGCGCGAGGCGGCUCGGCUCUUCUAGUGUAAUGUCGCGAGUCUAGCUGGCGCUGGCUGGUAGCAGUAGCAGGCCGACCGGCACAGGCCGCGUGCAGGCAGAACAGCACUCCCAUCUGGCGGCAGCUCGCCCACUUCGCUCUGUUCGGUCCAGCAUGACGCCCUUGGAGCUGAGCCAGGUGCGCUCGGUGGCGCCGGUGCUGCUGAUGACGCUGACGCAGGGCCUGUCGCUGGGAUGGUCCUCCCCGGCCGUCGGCAAGCUGCGCGCCGGCGAGGGCUCGUUCGCCCCCACCCUCGACGAGAUCUCCUGGAUCGUGUCCUUCUUCAGCCUGGGCAUCCUGGCCGGCUCCCUCGUCGGGUCCGCCGUGUUCGCACGCGCCGGCCGCCGCACCACGCUCAUGCUGGGCCCCGUGCUGCUGGCCUCGUGCUCCGCCAUCACGUUCCUCAGCUCCUCGGCGCAGCCCCUGUACCUGGCCAGGCUGCUGGGCGGCGCGGGCCACGGCGUGGGCGUGUCCUUCGCCUCCAUCUACGUGGCCGAGGUGUCUGAGACGGCGAUGCGCGGCCGUCUCAUCCUGUGGACCAACCUGCAGAUCAUGGCGGGCCCGCUCAUCUCGUACGCCGUGGGCCCGCUGCUGUCCUACCGCCUGCUGGCCCUGGUGCCCCUGCUCACGGCCUCGGCGUCGCUCUUCCUGGCGCUGGGCAGCGGCUGGAUGCAGGAGACGCCCUUCUACCUGGCGUCAAAGGGCCGCGCCGACCAGGCCCUCGCCGCGCUGCGGGCCCUCAGGGCCGGAAAGAAGGACGAGGAGAUCCGCGCCGAGCUGGCCGCCAUCCAGAAGACCGUGAAGCAGCAGGCCAGCGCGGGCAGCGGCUCCCUCCGCGAGGUGUUCGCCGACCCCGUGGCCAAGAAGGCGGCCUGCCUGUGCCUGUUCGUGACGGGCUCCUUCGCCAUGCUGGGCAUCACCACCGUCAUGGUGUUCACGCAGCAGAUCGUCGAGGUGGCGGGCGCGCCGCUCAGCCCGGCGGUGUGCAGCGUGCUGCUCGUGGCCGUCAACAUCGCCGCCGUGCUGGGCUCCAUGCCGGUGGUGGAGCGCCUGGGCCGCCGCACCAUCCUGUCCGGCAGCGCGCUGGGCAACGCCGCGUCCCUGGCCACCCUGGCCGGCUUCUUCGUGGCGAGGGACGUGCUGGGCGCCGACGUGUCCGGCGUGCACUGGCUGCCGCUGGCCUGCCUCGUGUCCUACAUGGCGUCCACGGGCAUGGGCGUCGUCACCAUCCCCCACGUGCUCACCAGCGAGCUGCUGCCGCAGCGCGCCAAGGCGUCCGUGGCGCCACUGUCCGGCGCCCUGGUCGCCAUCUCCGCCUUCGUGCUGCACAAGAGCUUCUUCAUCGUGGGACGCGCCCUGGGCUUCGCCGCUCCCUUCACCUUCUUCGCCGCCUACAACCUCGGCUACUCCGUGUUCGUCGCCUCCCUCGUGCCCGAGACCAAGGGCAAGACGCUGGCGCAGGUGCAGGAGAUGCUGGCCGCGUCCACCGCGGACGACAAGAAGAAGAGGAACUGAUUCGGGCAGCGUGCUGUGCUGCUCCCACCUGGACGGAGCCCCAGACUAGAAAGCCGUACUCUGGGACUCCAGCCUCAGGUACCUUGGCAGUGCCCUCAGACAAGACAAGGAUUCCUUUUCCCCACGGGGAAAUUACGUCUAUUUUAUUGGCCACUGUGUGGCCCUGUAUCAUACCUCUCGAACCCUUACAUAAUAAACAUUAAAAAAAUGGAAGGCAAAA